AUGACAUCAAACGAUUCAAAAGUAGAUGACGAAAACUCUGUUCGUCACACAAUUUUAGAAAAAAUCAAUGCUAAUAAUCAGGAUAUCAAUACAAAUAAGGCACCAGAUAUCAACGAUUUUACUAUAGUAAAGCCCAUCAGUCGUGGUGCUUUCGGUAAGGUAUUUCUUGCCCACAAAAAAAAUAAUAAGGAACAAAUGUUUGCAAUAAAGGUUAUGAAGAAAUCUGACAUGAUAAAUAAAAAUAUGGUGGCUCAAGUUGUUACAGAAAGAAAUGCACUGGCUUUGUCUAGAAGCCCAUUUUGUGUACAUUUGUUUUAUUCAUUACAGUCUGUAUCAUCUGUGUACUUGGUCAUGGAAUAUAUGGUUGGUGGUGAUUUAAAAUCUUUGUUGGGAGUUUAUGGAUUUUUAGAAGAAUCAAUGGCAGUUUUCUAUGUUGCUGAAGUUACUCUAGCAUUGGAUUAUCUACACAAACAUAAUAUAAUUCAUAGGGACUUAAAACCUGAUAAUAUGUUAAUAUCUAAGACUGGGCAUGUUAAACUCACAGACUUUGGUUUAUCCAAAAUUGAAAUACACAGAGAUUUGGAGAUUUCUGAUUUUGUCACUCACACACCAAGUUUAAACAUGAGAACACCUGGACAACUACUGUCAUUGACAUCACACCUGUCUUUUGGUUCAGGGGGAGGAGACAGCCAGCACAGCUCUAUUGUAGAUGCCUGUGAGAACCUUCUUGAUGAACUUAGGGAGACUAGUAAAAAGAAAGAUAUGUUUGAGGGGCUCAGUGGAUUGGAAAAUUCUCCAUUAGUGGACCAUUCACAGUUAUCUGGAAUACAUCCUUUCAUAAGCGCUGAAAGUAUUAGCUUGGAUGAAAUAGCUGCAAACAAUAACUGCAAAAUAGUGUUAAAUUUAUAUUACUUAAUUUUAACACAAAAAAUUCAUAUAAAUGUCUCCUUACAGUGCCUAGAUUCAGGAUCAGAGACCGCAAGUUCCUACCAUACAUGUGAAAGUUCUAAAACUAGUACUAAUUCAAAGACUAACAAGUCAACUGAUGUUAGCAGCAAUAACGGCUCUUCAGUAGAAUCAACAGUGCUGUCAGACACUCCGCAUAAUCAGCCAAUAUCUCCAAUAUGCAGAGGCCAGUCUUUGAAAAGGAUACCUAGUUUUCGAGCAAAAAAAAGAAAGAGAAUAAUUGACUGUGAUGGAGAUACGCCAACUGGUGUAACAAGUCUCUCAGAAUGUAAAGAAAACCACAGUGGUCUUACUCAAGAGAUUAUGGCCUUGGAACUCAGUCAAAACACACCUAAACGAAUAUCUAUACAUCCAACACCUGAGAGGAGAAAAAAUCCAAUAAAAGGUGUAUUAAAGAAAAGGUGGGUUUCACAAGAUGACAGUCAUCAUUUUAAUGUGGGAGUAAUAUUUUCCACGCCAGUAUCAAAUAAUAAAUCUCCGGGUUCUAAAAAGCAGCAAAAAGCAACUCGGUUCAAUCUGCCAAUUGAUGAAUCAUUAUCUGGAACAAAGGAGAAGUCUUUUACAUUUAGCAAACAUGUUUCGACUAGUUUAGAAAUUUUCCCUACCAGAAGAUUAAGUAAGGUUGAGGCCACUAAUAUAUCUCCAACUGAUUUAUGUAAAACUCCAUUAGCAACUGCACAUACUCCAUAUAGAACACCUAAAAGUGUGAGACGUGGCAAUCAAGUAUCAGAUCAAAGAAUUUUAGGUACUCCUGAUUAUUUGGCUCCGGAAUUACUUUUAAGGCAGGGCCAUGGACCUCAGGUAGAUUGGUGGGCAUUAGGUGUGUGUCUCUACGAAUUUAUGACAGGAGUACCUCCUUUUAAUGAUGAGACCCCUCAAGCAGUUUUCAAAAACAUAUUGUCCAGAAAUAUAGAAUGGCCAGAAGCAGACGAAGAAUUGUCACCUGAAGCAGUAAGCGCUAUAGAAGCCCUUCUUACUAUGGAACCCACAGAGCGGCCUGCUGCAAAAGAAGUAAGGGUGAUGCCAUUGUUCCGAAAUGUUGACUGGGAGAAUCAGCUAAAUAAGCAGCCACCAUUUGUACCAACACCAGAUGAUCUGUUUGAUACAGGAUAUUUCCAAGCCAGAAACAUCUUGCAGCAAUUACAUGUAUCAAACUUUGACAUGUAA